UUUUUCCUAGCAAGGGCCACCGUCUUGCUUCGCCGGCUCCACCGCGGAGCACUUCACAUCAGGUCUCCCUUCUCCCGGCGACGCCAGGUCCGCCUGCUUGCUUGUUUUCUUCACGAAAGCGCAGCCCAGCUCGCGCUUCCCUGCACUCGAGCCGUAGUCUGGCCCGCGCCGCUCGUCGCUUCUAGCAUCCCAGCUUGCGUUGCCGUUCAGCCACCAAUCUCGCGUCAAUCGCCAUGCAUGGUCUUUCAGUCGUGUGAUUCGCCGUUCCUUUCCUUCUUCAGGCACAAACACUUUUGCGAAGAAGAUGGUCGCCAUCCAACGAUUGCUACAUCCAAAGAGGAUUUCAACGGAACACCUUUGCUUGCAUAAGGAGACGAAGUAAAUCAGAAAUGAUAAACCAAUUAUUGGAAAUUGAGCAUGCUCAUACAAGAAAAGAAGAACUUGAUGAUUCUGGCUAUGACUCAAUAUCUGAUGAGGGCUUGAGGAGGGAGAAUCUGAUAUGUCUAGUUGCAUUUUAUUCUUUCCAGUUCAACCAAUGUGCCUCUAUUGUGCAUUGCAAGCUAACACGACUUCAGUUGAAAUUUUUUUGCUCUAGAGCGUUCCAAUGCUAUGGCUAUUUCCAUUUUUUUGAAAAGGAUGCACGAUCAAGAUUUCCAUUUACAUAUGCUGCUACCAAAGCUAAGCGAGGAAGCUAUGAUAAUCUAGAAAAGGAGAAGCAGGAAGUAUGUGAGUGGUCCGCUAUUCUUGGUGAGGCCAAUGAGUUAGCUGGUUUGCAUGGGAAGACGGGUAAUUCUUUCAAUCCAUCUGUUGUACUUGAAGAGAGAAGAUCUCAUAAGGGUGGAAGGGGAAAUUCUAGGUUCAAAUUUUCCUUCCGAUCCUUGUCCAAUAAGGAAGAUUUUUCAGGGGAUCACUCCUUGUCAAGAGAUGAAACCUACAACUCUUGUGAGGAAGAUAUUGAAGGACCAGCAAAGUGGGAUUAUUUUGAGCAUGGAGCUGAAGAAGAUACAGUGCCACAGCUUAUGGAAAAUAUUCUGGAAGAGAGUGUUGAUCAGGCUAACAAGCCAGAAUUUCACAAGCAGCUAGCUGGAGCUCCUUCAGUGUCUGAGCUGCUGGAAGAUCUGCAAAAAACGGAUCCAUCCUUGAGAAGAACUCUGCCAGUGGAUAAUAGUAAAGGAAAGACAAGGCGGACAAGUUCUUUCAAGAGAACAUUAAUGUGUUUAGGUAACAGAGUUCUUGACAAUAAAGAUGCUUCUGAGUCUAUGGGUGACAUUUCAAGUGAUGAUGAGCAUAUUGAUCAAGACUAUCAAGCAUUUCAAAUCAAGGGACAGACAAUGGCAGAUUUGUUUCAGGAAGCUUUUAAUACAUCUGUAGAGGAAGGAACUGGAAUUCCUAGAAGCAAUAAAUUUGGACUUCAUGGAAGAUUGCAACAUGUAAUGCAGCUUGGAAACAAUAGGUACAUGGAAUAUUUAAAAGAGUUGCAAACAGGAAGGACUCCUUCAAAUGAAUCAAACCACAUAAUUGUAAGGAUCUUGUCAAGAACUUUCGAGGCAAAGCUAACAGUUUGCCAAUGUUUCUUUGGUGAAAACAGUAAAAAUUUUCAGUGUGAAAAAGGUUUUCAUGAAAGUUUUGAAAAUGGAGGAUCCGGGACGAAAACAAUUAUCUUUAGCCCAACGUUCUGCAGCAACGUGGAGCUUGAAGUAGGAAGCAUUGUGUGUAUUCACCAACCAUGGAAAGAAUUUCAAAUAAAUGGAGGGGAGACUAUCAUUCUGUCUGCAUAUUUCUCAUCAUGCUUAUGAAGGUUUAGAUGUUCUGAUAAACGCAGAGAGUCAAAUGAAGUGUUUUUACUAUUUUCAUACAGAACAAAUUUGGGAAAGUGCAAUGGAGUAUUACUGUCAUUUGCGUCCGUCGUUUGCUCCAGCUUAGCACCAAAAAAAAUGCCAUUCGAGCGAGGGUGAACAGUGCAAUGCCAAUAAAGUAUGAGAAAGAAUAUACAUAGAUUUUUGUUUGUUAGAAAAUGGAGUUCAAUUGAAGACGAGUUGCUGCAUUUUGAAGUAUUACUACAUUUUGGAGAAAAAUUUGAGUUUUUCGGUUGGAGAUGGCCUAAGCCAAUCAUUACAGCAUUUGAGUCAAUUGUAUAAUUGAAAUGAAUUGAUUAUGAAGACUCUAACCUUGUUAUCUAUAUUCCAAUUCAAGAAUGCCUUAUUAAUUA